GCCGGGAAGCUUUUGAAAUGCUCGUUUGGGGGAAUCCGGAGACGCAGGCGAGGCAGGUGGGGAGAUGAUUGGUUGAGGGACACCCUCUGAAGAUGCUGCGUCUUCAUCGCUGGGCCUUCUUCCUCUCGUUUCUCCUUCUCCUAGUAGUGUCCUCUUCCUCUGGGUUUUUCGGCUGGCUCGCUCGAAGUGGAACCCCAGAAAGCCCCCCUGUGCCCCCCGCACCCACUCCAGACCCAGCUCACCUUCCACAUGUGCCUUUUGAGAUGACCACGGUGGAUGAGAAGUUCUUAGCCGAGGCCCGGCGGCUGGAUCUGUCGCCCCUGGACUCCUGCCACCAUAAGGUUGUUGCACAGCUUCAGUCGUCUUGCACAGACCUGACGGAAGAGGAGCUGGCCAAGCUGGGCGUCUCCCUAUUCAACUGCCAGGCCAGCGUUGAAGAACGUAGAACUUACCUGUGCACUGCCGACAUGACUCUAGCAGAAUGCACAGCGGGGAUGGAUCCAGACACCUGGAACGCCUACCACAUCGUGAGCAACCGAGCCCGGGCUGUCUGCUACGCCACCCGUCAGAUGCAGUUCAAGCGCCGAGCGGAGCACACCGUCAAUGCCUUGGUCUCCACUGCCGUCAGCCAGCUGGAAGCGAUGAAAAUGCUUAAGAGCGGGCAGGAGGAGCUGAAGGAGCUGACGUCGGAAUCGCUGCAGAAAGUGGCCACCAGCCAGGAGGCGCUCCUGGCCCAGCAGGAGAAGUUGCAAGGCAGCCAGUUGCAGAUGGAGGAGUCCAUCCACAACAACCUGGACCAACUGGUUCGGGAGAAGGCUCUGAUUGCCAGCGGGCAGCAGCAGGUGGCAGAACUGAUCGAGGGCAUCACGAAGAGGAUGGAAAACGUCAGCCGUCACCUAGAUCAGCAGGACCUGGAGCUGCAAGAAGGUCACAAGGCCAUCCUUGAGGACCUGUCCCAGGUCCAGAGGCGAGCUCAAGACGUCUACUCCAAGACAGAGACCAACCUGGGCUUGUUCGCGGCCUACCAGAACCAGACGGCCUUGUAUUACGAAGAGCUGAUGGAGAAGCUGCAGAAGAUGAACCAGAGUCUCGGAGUGUUGCUGAACGCCAUGGACCGGAUGCAAACGAGUGUGGAAGGGCAGCUCCAACACAUUCGGAGGUUCAUCAGUUGGGCAGGGUUCAGCCUCAACUCCAUCUAUACCUGCGUCCUACACGGCAGCUAUUUCCUCCUGGCAGCUCUCAUCAUGACCUUCUUGCAGAUUCCCGGGCUCCCGCGUGCCAUGCUGCUAGUCCUCGUUGUGGCCAACGCCCUGUCUGAGCUGAACCAUGCCGCCUCCCUGGGCUUCAAGUCGCUCACCUGCCUCUUAAUCUUGACUGUCGCAGGCAAUGGGCUCCUAGGCACCCUCUGCCACUGUGCCAUGAAAGGGAGGAGAUGGAAGCCCACCUUGGUACCUUUGCUGCAUCUGCAGCAGGAGGCAGAAGUGGGCACCCAGGAAGCACAGGUGAAAGGCUCCAGCCGCUGCCGGCUCACCUCCACGCCCGACAGCGAAGGUGAGGUUGGCCUCCUGCAAAGCGAACUGGAGAAGCUGGAAGAUGUGAGCUACGCGACAGGUGACUCUCACCUGGUGAGAGACUCCCCAGUGAAGAGUGGGAGCACCUUUCCGGAGGAAGGCACAUUUUAUCCUGCAGCGGGCUGGAAGCCUCAGCGGGGCUAUUCCCUUCACCCCAUGAGCCUGCGUCGCCAGAGUCUGACCCGCUUCAGCAGGCAUGAGGCCGCUUUGGAGAAAUUCCCCCAACACCACCUGGACUCGGCCUUCGACUUUCCCAUCUCAAGGACCAGUUCCCCAAACGGGUCCGUGGUCAGCGAUGUGUCCAACUGCUCCCUGACUCCACGCCCACCCUGCCAAGGAGUCACCAGGACCGGACAUCACUGCAGGAAGAAGGCCAUCCCAGGCCACGUCUUCUGCCACGUCCAUGCUUCUGGUCAGUCCUCCUAUACCAGCCAAUCAGGAACCUGCUUUUAAGGUCCCCAAUGGAUGGAUGCUGAGACUCGGCAGAGAUGCUGCUUGUGGACUCGGCAGCUCAGGUACCACCCUUCCUGGUGCUCAGUUUUGACGAGAGAGGGCCUUCUUUUUAAAAUUACACUUGUUUGCGUUUCUGAAACUGAACGAAUGGCAAUCUUCAAGUCCCUCUGGAUCCAGCUCAA